AUGGCCAGUGAAGAAGGGCUACCGACUUCUAGCGACGCGGCACCUUCAGCAUCCAAAUCAAGAUCAAUACAAGAUAUCGUGUCGGUAGUUGUGGAUAGCGUUUGGCAGUAUGUUCACGUGGGAGCGGCUGCUUUUCUUUUCUACGAAGACCGCUUGCUGUGCCUCUACAGCUUGGUCGGUUUCGCGAGUCUCUGUUGUGGCGUUUUAGCAGCAUCACGUUCUGCGGGCGUGGUUCCUGUGAUGGGCGAGGAGUUGUGGAGGAUUGCAAUCCCCGCAUCCGCGAUAAUUUCAGUUACCACAUCCUUGGGAUGUCGAAUUGCGGGAUGGGUGUCAGCAAAAGCCACAUGUUGCUUGUGUGUGCUGCUGCCACCUGCAAUCGUCGGCUUGACAACCGUCACAGUCCGGAAUGACAAGACAGCGCGGCUGCGCUUGUGA